CCUGGGUUGUGGGUUAUGCCCGGAGAGCGCAUGGGCAGACAAACUGUACGUCGGUUUGUCCCGACGGGAGGGCAGUGUGGGCGCCAUCUUCAUCGGGGCCGCCCGGGGCUCAGCUGGCUGAGGGAGGCUGCUGCGCCGAGGAGGUCCCAGCCGUUAAGUUGCUUUUACAGAAUUAACAGGUCUCCAAGAAAUAAAAGGAAAAGGUCAUUAUUGCUGUGGUUUGAGCUCAGCAUGGCUGUAGUCAUCCGUUUACUGGGGCUUCCUUUUAUUGCGGGGCCUGUGGAUAUCCGUCACUUCUUCAAGGGAUUGACUAUUCCUGAUGGAGGAGUGCAUAUAAUUGGAGGGAAAGUUGGGGAGGCUUUUAUUAUUUUUGCAACAGAUGAAGAUGCGAGACGUGCCAUAAGUCGUUCAGGAGGGUUUAUCAAGGAUUCUUCUGUAGAGCUUUUUCUUAGUAGCAAGGCAGAAAUGCAGAAGACCAUAGAAAUGCAAAGACCUGUUCGUGGAGGAAGAGGGCGACUGGGAUCAGGGGCGUCAGGGGUUGGCAACCUGUACCAUUUUAUUGAUGCUAUGAAGGAAGAGGAGAGUUAUUCUGGAUAUGGCUCUUCAAUUAAUCAAGAUGCUGAGUUUCAUACUAAUGGUACAGGACUUGAUGUAAGGCCAAGAAAGACCAGGCCAUCGAAGGCUGAGAACCCUUACUUGUUUCUACGAGGUUUGCCUUACUUAGUAAAUGAAGAUGAUGUACGUGUCUUUUUCUCUGGUUUGUGUGUGGAUGGAGUAAUUUUCUUAAAACAUCAUGAUGGCCGAAAUAAUGGUGAUGCUAUAGUAAAAUUUGCUUCAUGUAUUGAUGCUUCAGGAGGUCUUAAAUGCCAUAGAAGUUUCAUGGGCUCAAGAUUUAUAGAAGUGAUGCAGGGCUCAGAACAACAGUGGAUGGAAUUCGGUGGUGAUGCAAAAACGGGUGGUGACAUUCCUUGCAUGAGAUCUGAAGAGCGCUCUCCUUCACGAGGGAUGAAUGAUAGGCCUUUUCGAAAACGGUCUCAUUCAAAAUCUCCCAGAAGAAUGCGCUCUCGCUCUCCUCUUGGAUUUUAUCUUCACUUAAAAAACCUGUCCUUAAGUAUUAACAAAAGAGAUUUAAGAAAUUUCUUUAAACAUACUGACCUGACUAAUGAACAGAUUAAGUUUUUAUAUAAAGAUGAACGAAGAACACGUUAUGCCUUUGUGAUGUUUAAGAAUCUAAAAGACUAUAAUACUGCCCUGGGCUUGCAUAAGACUGUUUUACAAUAUCGUCCAGUUUUUAUUGAUCCAAUCUCUAGGAAACAAAUGAUGAAAUUCAUUGAAUGCUAUGAAAAGAAGAGACCAGGGUCCACAGAGAAAGGAAGGCCUGGGCGUGUUUCACAGAAGUACUUUGAAGAAGGCUACUCUGGGCAGAAGCUGUAUAUAUAUAUAAGAAAUUUUCCAUUUGACGUUACGAAAGUUGAAGUGCAGAAGUUCUUUGCGGACUUUUCCCUUGUUGAGGAUGACAUUUAUUUGCUUUAUGAUGACAAAGGAGUUGGUUUGGGAGAAGCACUGGUGAGAUUUAAAUCAGAAGAACAGGCUAUGAAAGCUGAACGUUUAAACCGAAGAAGAUUCUUAGGGACAGAAGUGUUGUUAAGACUUAUAUCUGAGGUACAAAUGCAGGAGUUUGGUGUAAACUUUUCCUUUGUGUGCAGUGAGAAGACACAAGCUCGUUCCCAGUCACACAGCAGAGAUGACCGUUCCCGUCUGUUUGACUUAAAAGACUCACCAAUAUGUUCACUUGGCUGGUCUGAAAGCAUUGGUUACCAGCCAGAAGACUUAAGGCAUCCCCACAGGUAUUUCCAACAGUCUGACAGGCAUCCUCCAGAAGACUUCCGACACUCUCCUGAGGACUUCCGACAUUCUCCUGAUGACUAUAAUAGACACCCCCAGGAGGAACACAUCAGGCGCUCUAGGGCGGAAGACUGGAGACGGCCUCUGGAGGAUUGGAGAUGGUCCCCGGAAGAUGAUUUCAGGCACUCUCAUGAAAAAGAUUUUAGGCCGCUACCAGAAGAGGAUUUCAACCCUUGGGAGGAAGACUUCAGACGGCCACCUCAGGAGCACUUCAGGAGAACAUCCCAGGAGCACUUCAGACGGCCACCCCAAGAGCAUUUCAGGCUUUCCCGGGAGGAGUAUUUCAGGCAUGUGGCAGAUGAAGACUUUAGGCACCCUUCUGAUGAGGACUUCAGAACCCCCCAAGAAGAAGAUUUGAGAUGUCCAACUGAUGAGGACUUCAGGCAGCUCUCUGAGGAAGACCUUAGGGAAGUACCAGAGGAAGACCUUAGAUUUCCUGAUAGUUUUAGACCUCCUGGUGAGGAUUUUUGGACCUCACCUGAUUUCAGAGGUCACCGUCCUUUUAUAAACUUUGGUCACUUAGAAAGUGGCAAGUUUGAUUUUGGAAAGCAUACUAUGGGAUGUCUUCCUGAGGGAAGGUUUAUGCCUGAUGUAAAAUUAAAUUGUGGUUCAGGUAGAAUAACUCCUGUUAAGAUCAUGAAUCUUCCAUUUAAAGCCAAUGCUAAUGAAAUUUUAGACUUUUUCCAUGGUUACAAAGUCAUACCUGACUCAGUUUCCAUACAGUAUAAUGAGCAAGGGUUACCCAUAGGAGAGGCCAUUGUUGCUAUGAUAAAUUAUAAUGAAGCUAUAGCUGCUAUUAAAGAACUAAAUGGUAGACCAGUUGGUCCCCGCAAAGUUAAGCUCAUUUUGCUUUAGAAAGCCUUUCUGGGUCCAUAGUUUUCUUCCACAGUAUUGAUGCAGUAAAAAUACAGCUUUUUAAAAAAGUUUAUUUUUAAUUAUCUAAUUAAACAUUUUAAUUUUAACCCGUGAAUAGACAAAAUGUUGUGUAAAUCUGGGUUUCCUUUGCUUACAAAUGGACAUUAUUUUUCUCCCUAAUUUAAAAUUACAUAUGCUUUUUUUUUCUUUGCUAGGGGAGAGAAAACAAAUUUCCUGAAUUCAUUAGUUUCACUGAUGUCAUGGAUAAACCCCAGUCUUGUGAACUGUGGAGUUCUGUUGGGGGAGGUAAAUUUCAAUUGUUUGCCAUCUUUUACUCAGACCGUGUAAGGAAAGGAUGGAUGACUGAUAGUUCAGAUCUGGCACUUUGAUUGCUACCUGCCUGCAGAACUCCCUUUUGUUUGAGAUACUGUGUUAAGGUCUCCUAUUAACUCUAAAUAGCUCAGAAAAUGAACAUACUGUGAACUUGAAAUUUACUCAUGUGAAAGGCUUAGGAUUGUGUUCAUAACUUUGAAAAGUUUUAUGAAAAUAAAAUUGCAACUGAAA